GACGGUUCUACUUCGCCAGUUACAUCUCCAUCUAAAGCUAUGAAUUUUUGCAGUAUUGGGAACUAUCUUUUUUCUGCUCUGACUGAUAAUGGUGAGGAGAUUCUCGUGUCUAUUCCGGAGAAAUUUCGCAAUGCCUACUACUUCUCACCAAAUACCUACGUUCUCUGUGUUCCUCUUGACAACCCCAAAGUGCGAGCUGAAAUUCGGUGUAUUUUAACGGACGAACAGGUCGUGGAAUUGAUGCAACGCCCUGACUGGUGA